CAGCCCAACUGCUUCCCAUCACACGCCGGACUAGCAGUUCCCACAGACACACAGGCAGUGACGACGACCUGUCUGAGUAUACCAACUACUCGACAAGCUUCCCUUCGUCGUAGCUCUUGAGCGGGGGUUAUAUACCGCCGCUUCUCGACAUGUUGGGCCUGACGAAUACGAGUGAGAGCGCCUGGCUGCGGGUUACCGUGCUUCUCCUAAUCAGUGUGCUAUCCAUUUCCACUCGGUUGUUCUCCGUGUUGAGAUUUGAGAGUGUCAUUCACGAGUUCGACCCAUGGUUCAACUACCGCACAACCAUUGAAUUGGUCGAAAAUGGAUACUACAACUUUGUCAAUUGGUUUGACGAGCUAUCGUGGUACCCACUGGGGCGAGUUGUCGGCGGAACUGUUUACCCAGGAAUUAUGGUCACCGCUGGACUCAUUCAUAAAGCGUUGAAUGGGCUGAACUUCCCGAUCCACAUUCGAGAAGUCUGUGUGUUCUUGGCGCCUCUCUUCUCCUCGUUCACGGCGAUCGCUGCAUAUCUCUUGACGAGUGAGAUGAAGAACACCUCGGCGGGACUGUUGGCCGCUGCGUUCAUCGGCAUUGCUCCCGGUUACAUCUCGCGGUCCGUGGCGGGAUCUUACGAUAACGAAGGGAUUGCCAUCUUCUUGUUGGUGUUCACUUUCUACCUCUGGAUCAAGGCGGUGAAGCUGGGAUCCGCUUUCUUUGGCGCCAUGACCGCCAUCUUCUACUUUUGGAUGGUGUCUGCUUGGGGAGGAUACGUUUUCAUUACCAACUUGAUCCCACUCCACGUUUUCGCCCUGAUACUGAUGGGACGGUACACCCCGCGUCUUUACGUGUCGUACUCAACGUUUUACAUCAUCGGAACUAUCUCGUCUAUGCUCAUCCCAUUCGUGGGAUUCCAGCCAACGAGGACAAGCGAGCACAUGGCGGCCCUCGGUAUCUUCGGCUUGCUGCAAAUUGUCGCAUUCAUUGAGUUCAUCAAGAGCCAUCUGUCAGCAAACCAGUUCAAGCUCUUGUUCUACGGGCUGAUUUCCGGUUUCUUCCUUCUGGGUCUCGGUGGCCUGGUUGCGCUGACAGUAGGCGGCUACAUCGCUCCUUGGACGGGUCGUUUCUACUCUCUCUGGGACACGGGAUACGCAAAGAUCCACAUUCCGAUCAUUGCCUCCGUGUCGGAACAUCAGCCGACCCCAUGGACGUCAUUUUUCUUUGACUUGCAGCUUUUGAUGGUGCUGUUCCCUGCAGGAAUAUACUUCUUGUUCCAGGAACUGCGUGACGAACAUGUGUUUGUCCUACUUUACGCGGGAACCGCCUCCUACUUCGCUGGUGUCAUGGUCCGUCUGAUGCUCACGCUGACGCCCAUUGUCUGUGUCGCUUCAGCGAUCGCCAUCACUACCGGUCUCGAAGCCUUCUUGUCCAACACCGAAACCCCGGCUGCCGUUACUGACUCGGCGGCGGCAGCUACUCCUAGUGAGAAGAAGACAAAGGAGGGAAAGGCCGUCAAGACCUCUGAAAGGAAGAAGAAGGAUGUGGGCGGCCCGGUCCAGGGAGUGUGGACAUGGGAUGCCAAGCUUGCCCUGGUUCUUCCCAUCACGUUCAUUCUCAUCCAGUUCGCCCUUCACUGCUCAUGGGUAACUUCCAACGCAUACUCGUCCCCCUCCAUCGUUCUGGCCUCCCGAAGGCCCGACGGAUCGCAACAUAUCAUCGAUGACUUCCGUGAAGCCUACUACUGGCUUCGUCAGAACACCGACGAAAAGGCCAAGAUCAUGUCCUGGUGGGAUUACGGAUACCAGAUCACCGGAAUGUCGAAUCGAACAGUCCUCGUCGACAACAACACGUGGAACAACACCCACAUCGCCACCGUCGGGAAGGCCAUGUCGUGUUCCGAAGACGUCUCGUACGACGUGAUGCGCAAGCUAGACGUUGACUACGUCCUCGUCAUUUUCGGAGGCGCCAUCGGAUACUCCGGGGACGAUAUCAACAAGUUCCUGUGGAUGAUCCGUAUCGGGGAGGGUGUCUACCCCAAGGACAUUAGCGAGAGGAACUUCUUCACCCCGCGCGGUGAAUACAGAGUUGAUGAUCAGGCUACCCCUACCAUGAAGAACAGUCUGAUGUACAAGAUGUCGUACUAUCGGUUCAAUGAACUGUUUGGUGGAGGACCGGCGUAUGAUAGUGUGCGUCAGACGCAGAUUCCCAAUAAGCCAAUUAAGCUGACGACGGUUGAUGAAGUUUACACUACUGAGAACUGGAUCGUUCGCAUCUAUCAAGUCAAGAAGCCCGACAACAUUGGAAGGACAUUAUCUGCCGCUUCAACUUUCGGGAAGAAGCGCAGACGUAGAGUCCGUGGAAAGCCACGCAGCGCCGCAAAGGCGGGAGGGCGACGUCGUCGUGAUGACGAUUGAACCCUGUAUCGCUACGAACUUUAGCGUCGCGGGCUUUGGAAGGCCGCACUCGUUGACCUCGCAGCGCAGUCCCGGCUUCUACGCACGUACAUGCAUGUAUUUAGUGGUUGCCGAAUUUGUCAAUAUACCUAUCCUAUAUGUAUGCAUGAAGAAUCAAGCAU